UUUCCGUUGAUUGCUAGGGUUUUUUGCUAUAUCUUUCGCCGUAGCCGCCUCGUAAAACCCUCUUCCGUAGAUUAGGGUUUCUCUCCUCCCAGGCAAAAGAGAAGUAGGGGAAAUAUCUUCCACAGAGGAGAAGAAUCAUGAGCAAGUUGCAGAGUGAUGCGCUGAAAGAGGCCAUCUCUCAGGUUGUUGGUGAUUCUCGAGAGAAGAAGCGCAAGUUCACAGAGACUGUUGAGUUGCAGAUUGGGCUAAAAAACUAUGACCCUCAGAAGGAUAAGCGGUUCAGCGGCUCUGUGAAGUUGCCUCAUAUCCCACGCCCAAAGAUGAAGGUUUGCAUGCUUGGCGAUGCUCAGCACGUGGAAGAGGCUGAAAAAAUUGGGUUGGACUACAUGGAUGUUGAAGGGCUCAAAAAGAUGAACAAAAAUAAGAAGUUAGUGAAGAAGCUUGCCAAGAAAUAUCAUGCUUUCCUAGCAUCCGAGGCUAUAAUUAAGCAGAUUCCUCGACUUCUUGGUCCUGGACUCAACAAGGCAGGCAAAUUCCCCACAUUGGUCACACAUCAGGAAUCCUUAGAGGCCAAAGUUAAUGAGACCAAAGCAACGGUGAAGUUUCAACUGAAGAAGGUUCUUUGCAUGGGAGUUGCUGUUGGGAAUUGCGGAAUGGAGGAGAAACAGAUUCAGCAAAAUGUGCAACUCAGUGUCAACUUUCUGGUCUCUCUGUUGAAAAAGAAUUGGCAAAACGUGAGAUGCUUGUACCUGAAGAGCACUAUGGGCAAGCCGUAUCGCGUGUUCUGAGAAGCUUUUGUUCUGUUUUGACAUUCAGGAUGUUGGAGGGGAAUACUCAAACCUCUUUUUCAAUUCCUUCAUCUAUUCCUAGGAUUGCAAUUUGAAGCUUUAAUUUCUCUUUCCUGGAUUUGAUUAUCUUGUUUCAUUCUGCUAGUCAGAUGCUUUUGUUUUUCGUUGACAUGUUGCUACUCAAGUAUCAGGAGUGGUUUUUUUUUUUAUCAAAAUGUUUAAUUUAAGCUAUGUGAUCAGAAA